AUGGAGGAACCAUCUCAAAGACAGAAGCAGUUGGAGAAGACUUCCACACCUCCCUUACCAUACCCUCAAAGGUUCAACAAGGAGACCAAGGAUCAACACUUCCCCAAAUUCCUUGAAGUCUUCAAGAAGUUGGAGAUUAAUAUCCCCCUGGCUAAAGCAUUAGAGCAGAUGCCUUUAUAUGCAAAGUUCUUGAAAGAGCUUAUCAAUAAAAAGAGAAGUUGGCAUGGGAAAGAAACCAUUAUGCUCACCGAAGAAUGCAGUGCUGUGAUUCAAAGGGUCAUCCAACCAAAACUCAAGGAUCCUGGGAGAUUCUUCCUGCCUUGCACCGUUGGUAGUCUAACCAUUGAUAAGGCACUAUAUGACUUAGCAGCAAGCAUCAAUCUAAUUCCCUAUUCUAUGAUGAGAAGGCUGUGUAUAGAGGAGGUAAAGCCCACACAAAUGUCACUAGAGCUUGUGGGAAAAUCAUUGGUAUUUCCCAGAGAAGUGAUUGAAAAUCUCCUAGUCCAAGUAGGGACAUUCAUAUUCCCAGCAGACUUUGUGAUCCUGGAUCUAGGAGAAGAAGGGAGUGACUCUAUUGUCUUGGGAAGACCCUUCUUGGCCACAGCAAGGGCCAUCAUAGAUGUUGAACAAUGA